UGUAUAAAAAUUAAAUACAAAAUAGAGCUGUGAAUAAAACACUAAUAUAAACUGUGGAGCAGUUUGUGUGUUUAUAAUUUUGGAAGUGUUUAAAUAGGUGUGAACUCCCGAGUACACGGCACCGCAAAAAAAAUAAGUGAGCAGCGAAAGCACCAUGUCGCAGAACUGCAAGUCCACGUACUCGCCGGCCACCACGCGCGACGCGAACAACAACACCCUGUAUCACGGCGCCGCCACACCGGGCUACGGGGGUCGGGGAUACACGCCCCCUAGUGUGAAGAGUGGAGGAAGCUACCAGCAAGUGACAGCGAAAGUGCUCUUCGGCAGCGUCACCGCGAUCAAUGACCUCAAGCAGCAGAAGACCGGGCGGGAUGACCGGCGGACGCACUAGCGACCUCUUGUGACAGAUAGCGAUUGUGAUAAGAAGAAAUGAUGGAAGCUAAGGUGUGAUCUCGGAUGAC